CAGGCGUGGAGGAUUUACCUCUUGGUCAUAUUAGGGAUAAUUAUUUCAUGCUGUCCAAACCAAGAGAACAUCACAAGGGGGGGAAGAGAGGGGUCCAGGAUAUUAAAAGGUUGAAGUGGAUUCACCUGGUCAGUCUGUGACAAGAGCAGGGGUUCCUGUAUGAGCCUUGUCCCAGUCUGUUGGUAAUCCUCGUCUGAAAAAAGCCUGUUGUGGCGUGGGACUGAGAAAAGGGGGUGAGACAGACAGACAGACAGACCCAGCCUGCAGUACGGAGCCGCAGCCUCGCAGCCAGGAGCCACUCAGCAAGGACCUGUCACAUCACAGUACUGCAGCCCCACAGAGGACCCAGGCACCUGAAGAACAGAGAGCAAAAGAGAGCAAAAGAGAGGAGACCAAUCACAGGGUACGGCGAGGGCACCACACCACAUCACACCAGCCAGAAAUGCAAACACCACCAAACUUUUGGAGAAACGACUAAACUUUUUUCCUCUUGAUCAAAAGGAGACCUGUGCUGAGUUACAUAGGACCUGAUAGUUGGGUGAACAGCAGUGUUAUACUGUUCUAGAGUGAGUUCUAGGGUGAUCCGAGAGUGUUCCUGAGAGUUCCGGGAGAGUUCCAAGCGUGUUCUAGAGUGAGUUCUAGGGUGAUCCGAGAGUGUUCCAGAGAGUUCCCGGGAGAGUUCCAAGCGUGUUCUAGAGUGAGUUUUAGGGUGAUCCGAGAGUGUUCCAGAGAGUUCCGGGAGAGUUCCAAAGCGUAUUCUAGAGUGUUCUAUACAGUGUUCUAGAAUCUUUUCAUCGGCUAUAGGAUCUGUGGGAACUAGAGCCAGACAGCAGGAUGAGUGCCACUGAAGACAUAGCAAAGGACUACUAUGACUACCCUGAUUGGAACAUGGAGAACCCUGUGCCUACCAAGGUCCCAGCUGAAGUAAUCCCACCAUGUGACCCUACAGCUGAUGAUAGACUCUACCACAUCUGCAUCUCUGCCAUUUCUCUGGUGGUCAUGUUGAUCCUAGCAUUCCUUGCCAGGAGGAUGAAGCUGGCGGAUGGGCAGAAAAGAGGUUUACUCAGCCCAGUGAACUUCCUGGACCACACGCAGCACAAGGGCUUAGCUGUAGCUGUGUUUGGAGUGCUGUUCUGCAAACUGUUUGGUCUGGUCAUAGCACCAAACCCUCUUCCCUUCACCACAGACCAAGCCAACAAACAGUAUUGGAUUAUCGUCUCGCUGUUCUACUACCCUGUUCUGUACUUCCCUCUCCUGGCCUGUGGAACGCUUCGUAACGCCGUGGGGUACGUCCUGGGCUCCCUGCUUUCCUGGACUCACUUUGGGGUCCUCGUCUGGCAGAAGGCCGACUGCCCCAAGACUCCAGAGAUCUAUAAGUACUACUCCCUGUUGGCCAGUCUGCCCCAGGUCUGUUGCCUGGCCUUCCUCAGUUUCCAGUAUCCUCUGCUGCUGUUCAAGGGCCUGAAGGGGACAGAGAAAACUACUGCUGGCGAGGACCUGAGCAGCAGCUACUACAAUGACUACGUCAAGAAUAUACUAAAGAAGAAGAAGCCUUCUAAAACCAGUACAAGCACAGAGAAGCCCACACUGGUGGAGAGGAUAACUGAUGCUGUGAAGUCCUACAUCUACAUACCAGAGGAAGUUUUCCGGUUUCCCCUGAAGCUGGCGAUAUCCGGAGUAGUGUCAUUUACCGCUCUUUACCAGAUGGCUUUGGUGUUUGUGGCCAGCGUGGUGCCGACGCUCCAGAUUGUCCGUCAAGGCAUCAACGAAGAUAUCGCCUUCCUACUGGCCGGUUUCAACAUCAUAUUAUCAGAGGACAGGGCCGAAGUGGUCCGGAUAGUGGUCUACUACAUGUGGUGUGUAGAAGUGUGCUACCUCUCUGCGAUGACCCUGUCCUGCUUAGUGAACCUGGUCAUGCUCAUGAGGUCCAUGGUCCUGCACCGGUCUAACCUAAAGGGGCUGUAUAGAGGAGACAUCUAUAAUGUAUAUAACCGCCAGAGGAGUAUCAGACCCUCUCGUCCUGCCCUGGUCUGCUGGAUGGGAUUCACCAGCUUCCAGGCUGCUCACAUCUGCUUAGGUAUGCUGAUCCAGACCAUAGUGUUCUUCCUGUGUCUGCUGAUCGCUGUGUUCCUCAUCAUCAUCCCCAUCUUCCACGGACAAAACCUCAUGCUCUUCAAGGUCCUGGGGAACAUGUGGCCGUUCUGGUUGAUGCUGUUCUCAGUUGUAGUGGUCCAACAUGUCACCACCAGGUUCUGCUUCAUUAAGAAGUCUGCAGGGACACGGGACCUCCACAACAGGGGUAGUCUCUUCCUGCUGACCUACCUGUUGUUCCCGGUCAAUGUUCUGAUUGGUGUGGUGCUGGGGGUGUGGCGGCUGGUCAUCACGGCCCUGUUCAAUAUCGUCCACCUGGGACGCAUGGACAUCAGCCUCCUCAACCGCGAUGUAGAGGCCUUUGACCCCGCCUAUCGUUGCUAUGCUCACUACCUAAAGAUUGAAGUGAGUCAGAGUCACCCGGUGAUGAAGGCCUUCUGUGGGAUGAUGCUGCAGUGUGCCAGGCAAGACGAGGCCGAAAAGAAGGCAAGAGAUGCAGAGGAAGGCAUCCAGCUAGUCAAUCAGGAGAAGAAGCCACAGCAUAAGGUUUCCAUCUCUAAACGGGCACGGGGCCACUGGCAGCUCCUCUACACACUGGUCAACAACCCCUCGCUGGUGGGCUCCAGGAAGCACUUCCAGCGUCAGAGCAACGAGAGCUUCUUCAACGGAACACUCAACUGGGCUGCAAAAGAGGGGAUGAAGAAGGAGGCAGGAAACAUGGAGGCUGGGAAGGAAACGGAGGCAGUGACUAACUGAGACUGAACGUGUCCCCCAGGCUUGUGGUCAACUCCAUUCCAAUUCAGGAAGCAAACUGAAAAUUAAAGCUGCAUUAUGUAACUAUUUGGGUGACCUGACCAAAUUCACAUAGAAUUGUGAGUCAUAGAUCUGUCAAUCGCAUUGAAAGCCCGUCUAAGAAGUGGUAGCUCUGUUCUGUGUGCUAUUUCUAUGCUUCCCGUUCUUAAGUUUUGGUUUUGUACACCAGCCUCAAACAAGAUUUUUGCUUCUUAAAGAUAUUUCACAUUGGUUUAGAUGGUUUAGAUUUAUUAUGAUCCCCAUUAUCCGACGCAGAUGGAGACAGCUAGUCUAACUGGGGUCUGAUACCAUAGAGACAGCUAGUCUAACUGGGGUCUGAUACCAUGGAGACAGCUAGUCUAACUGGGGUCAGAAACCAUGGAGACAGCUAGUCUAACUGGGGUCUGAUACCAUGGAGACAGCUAGUCUAACUGGGGUCUGAUACCAUGGAGACAGCUAGUCUAACUGGGGUCUGAUACCAUGGAGACAGCUAGUCUAACUGGGGUCUGAUACCAUGGAGACAGCUAGUAUAACUGGGGUCUGAUACCAUGGAGACAGCUAGUCUAACUGGGGUCUGAUACCAUGGAGACAGCUAGUCUAACUGGGGUCUGAUACCAUGGAGACAGCUAGUCUAACUGGGGUCUGAUACCAUGGAGACAGCUAGUCUAACUGGGGUCUGAUACCAUGGAGACAGCUAGUCUAACUGGGGUCUGAUACCAUGGAGACAGCUGGUCUAACUGGGGUCUGAUACCAUGGAGACAGCUAGUCUAACUGGGGUCUGAUACCAUGGAGACAGCUAGUCUAACUGGGGUCUGAUACCAUGGAGACAGCUAGUCUAACUGGGGUCUGAUACCAUGGAGACAGCUAGUCUAACUGGGGUCUGAUACCAUGGAGACAGCUAGUCUAACUGGGGUCUGAUACCAUGGAGACAGCUAGUCUAACUGGGGUCUGAUACCAUGGAGACAGCUAGUCUAACUGGGGUCUGAUACCAUGGAGACAGCUAGUCUAACUGGGGUCUGAUACCAUAGAGACAGCUAGUCUAACUGGGGUCUGAUACCAUGGAGACAGCUAGUCUAACUGGGGUCUGAUACCAUGGAGACAGCUAGUCUAACUGGGGUCUGAUACCAUGGAGACAGCUAGUCUAACUGGGGUCUGAUACCAUGGAGACAGCUAGUCUAACUGGGGUCUGAUACCAUGGAGACAGCUAGUCUAACUGGGGUCUGAUACCAUGGAGACAGCUAGUCUUACUGGGGUCUGAUACCAUGGAGACAGCUAGUCUAACUGGGGUCUGAUACCAUGGAGACAGCUAGUCUAACUGGGGUCUGAUACCAUAGAGACAGCUAGUCUAACUGGGGUCUGAUACCAUGGAGACAGCUAGUCUUACUGGGGUCUGAUACCAUAGAGACAGCUAGUCUAACUGGGGUCUAAUACCAUGGAGACAACUAGUCUUACUGGGGUCUGAUACCAUGUUUUAUCCCUUUUAGUAACAAGGAAAUGGCAGAGCUCAUACAGCAUCUUUUAGAAUUCAAAUUUCCUUAUUGCUUUUCAAUGAGGGAAAAUUGGAAUUGGAAUUAAAUUAGACUGAAUUGGAAUGGCCUUUGUUGGUGUAUGGGUGGCUCUUGGGCAGAUUAUAACUGUGGUUUUAUAUGUCUAUGAAUUGAUCUGACUGCUUGCCUCUUUUUUUCAUGCAAGUUUCCCAUAGACUCCCAUUGAAUCAAUCAAUCAAUAAUUUCUGAUUUUCUUUUUUUUUAAUGGAAGGAUUAGAUCUAAAUGUCGUAGGCCUUCUAGCUCAAAUGCCUCAGGAAGUCUGUCUUCUGAGUGGCUACCUGUCUAAAUGGCACCUUAGUUCCUAUAUAGUGCACUACUUAUCAGCCCUGGUCCAAGGUAGUGCUACAUCGUGGGAUCGACCUGGAUGGAUGUGUGUUUUGUUGUCUGUCUCUUUGUUUGCAUGGCUCAGAUGGCCGUACAGAAUCUCGAGUCUAGCAGGAAAGGUCGUGUGGCUCUGAACUCCUGUCUGACCAUAGCCUGGAAGCCUAACUGAUACACUCCAUUUCACCAAUGGAAACAGAACAUGUCAUCUUGGAAUCCAGGCUAGUUUGACCAGGUAUACGUGGUUAGAAUGUAACUAUUUAUUAAUAUACAGACUGCUCUGUAAUGGAAGGUUAUAAAGAAACUGUUCAUUAAUUAACACUGGCUGGUGUAAAUAUCUAUUGUACCCUGGAAGCCAAACUGAAUUGUUCCAAAACGGUACAAUUCUGUUCUGAUUCCAGGCUAAUAAAUAAUAUCUAUGUUGAAAACGUAUGAAAUGGCGAUUAAAACGUAGACAGAUGAAACUGUUUGCUUGAACUCUUUGCUGUAGGUCACCUUGUACCUCUUGUAAAAUAACUACUAUAAUUCCGCUGAUAUUGUUUUGGAUCGUUAUUUUUGGGAUUGUUAUUUUUCUCAAUUUCUAGUUGUGAAAAUGUUGCUGUUCAGGAUCAUCUACUUUAUUCUCGCCGUGUGUUGCAGCCGUAUUGCAUUUCAAAAGUGACAGUGACUCAAGUAGCUUUUGAAUGAAAUUAAUUAAUGUGUGAUUAACAUGAAAUUAAAACGAAAAAUGACGAAAGA